AUGGAGGUUUUAUUCCAUCCAACAGUGUUAAAGAUUCUGCACGAGUGGAAGAAAAGCCAAGAAGAAGAGGUCCCCAUGGAUCUUCUGGCUUUGCUGGUGGACUGCAAAUGGGAGGUGGACUAUGAUUGGAUGGACAAGGUUCUAUAUUCGUACAAGAGGACAUCGAAAAGAAGAAAGGACAGGAUAGAGGCCCUCAAGGAAUUGGUCGAGUCUAAGUUCAGGAUUGAGAUGGUUGAUGGAAGGAGCAAGGAUGUCAGAGGCGUGUAUUUUCUGAAGGAUCCUGCACUGGUCUCUAAGAAUAUCAGAAAACUGCUGAGAAGUAGAAGGAAAAGAAGGCCUGAGCAUGAGGGGGCCUUUGAUCCAUCCUCCGAUGCAGAAAAGAAGGAAGCCAGUAGUCCAGGGAUAUUGAGGUUUGUUAAGAUAGAGGACAGAAAGAAACCUUCUGCAGAUAUGCUUGGUAAGUUCUCGCCGAUAUGCUUUGACAGAGAUGUUAUGAUCGGUACACCUACAAGUCCUAUAAGCUCAACGGUGCGUGUAAGAAGGAAUAUACGGGAUCCAAAGAGAUUGUCCUUCAUCAAGUUUUCUGGCCAGCUGAAGCCACCCUUCUACGGGUUUAGGGAAGACAAGCUUCAUGUAAGAAACAGCCUUGCAAAGCUUCCACAGGUCCUAGAUUAUGAGCAUGAGUCUGACUGGGAAGACGUCGAAGAUGCAGAAACCAUUGGAAGCACGGAGGAGGAAUCUGAAGAAGAGGAAGACAACUAUGAUUGGAUAGAGCUGGAUUCUGAAAGGAGAGAGCUGUCAAAGCCAAGCAAAAGGCCGUCUCUUUCGUUUCCCCCUUGCAGGCUGAGUAUCUCUCCAUCGUUCUCACCCUCCUGGAUCUCGCUUCCGUUGGAGGAGCGUGAGGUGUUUCCAGAAGAACUUUCUCAGGAACUCAUCAGGGAGCUGCCCUCCCAGAAGGAUCUUGGGGCAUUUGUAAGGAGAUUUGGAAAUAGAUAUGUUAUUAAGCAGUCAGCAGUAAGUGAGAAGCUCAAGUCUCUUGGACUAGGAGACAUGACCACAAUAAAGAAGAUGGUGUAG